CGUUUCCCCUGGUAAUCGCAUAAUCUUUAAGGCCACUGAAAAUAUGCAGAGUACCAACGAUGAAAAUAUGAACUAGAAGUUGAAGGAUGUCAACUGAGCGACUGAUGGAUCCGCAGCAUCAAGACGUGAAAUUUGCUCCUCCUUCUGACACAAACAACACCGAUAUGCACCACGACAUCAAAGUCAGUGUGUACGAUCCUCAACCAAUCGAUCACAAACGAUCAAGGUAUCCCUACUGCAUCGUGUGGACGCCUAUUCCGUUUUUAACAUGGAUUUUCCCAUUCAUAGGCCACAUGGGCAUAGCUACAUCGUCCGGGAUCAUCCGAGACUUUGCAGGCCCCUAUUUUGUAUCAGAAGAUGACAUGGGAUUUGGCAAGCCAACAAAAUACUGGAUGUUGGACCACAACAAGGCUAAGUCCAACGCCUGGGACAUAAGCAUCUCAGAGGCAUCGGAGGAAUACAAAACUAGAAUGCACAAUCUUUGUUGCGACAACUGUCAUUCCCACGUUGCCAUGGCGCUGAACCUGAUGCAGUACAAGAGACAGAGUUGGAACAUGGUCAAACUGUGCUUUCUCAUGCUAAUAUAUGGCCGAUACGUCGGGUUGGGUGGGUUCCUCAAGACGUGGUUGCCGUCGGUGAUACUGUAUGGUAUUGUUGUGACAUUGGUGUUGGUUGUCUGAUGGAUUUUCCUUGCCACACUCGGAGCCCUAGAAGUGGUCGGCCAUCAUCAAAACCAGUGCCAAAUUGUCAAUCCGGUCAAAAUCGUUCAUGGUGGAACUUAGUAUCGUGAAAAGUUGGAGAUUUUCUGAAAUAAAAAUUUUUCAUUAAUUUCUGUCAACACUGGCCAUGAGCAACAGACCUAAAACGUAAUGACUUCACUUUGUUGACAUAUGCUCUUUAUUCUGGCAGUGAGGUCUAUGGAGUCCACAUAGGAAAGCUCACAUUGAAAGAAAGCUUGACGUCACUAUGUUUUAGGUCUAAUGCUCAUGGGCGGGGCUGGGAUUUUCCUGGGGGAAGGAACUGUGGAAAUCCAGGCCAGACUUACUUUUAGAUGAGGGAGUUGCUAUUGAAUUUGCUUGCAUGUUGAUUGGAUGGGUCUUGGAGCUAACCCCCAAAAUAAUGACAUCUGUGAUUCUUUCUGCUGUAUUCUAAGGGUGUUGAAGUUAAGAAUAAACUAAUUUCCAUUUUUUGGGGGCCUGGUCUUACUAACAUUUAAAGUUGGUGCCAACUGCUCUUCCCCCGGCACCAAAUCUUCUCCUAAUAUUGGAGGUUAAGGGUCAAGUGAAAGUAUUUGGAAUAUAGACCUUUCUGUUGUAUAUAAACUGUGAGCCAUAUGUUACGGGCAGCCAAAGUUUGCAGAAAUGUCACACUUCAUUGGCAACACAUUUUGCCUCGUUACAGUUUGCUCCAUCAGUGUCAAAAUGGGAGGCAUUAAGUUUCGAGAAAUGUUAAGUAUAUGUAUUUGCCUGGGAUUUUUAAACACUUUGAAUUAUUCUGCCGGCUCUGUCCUCACGAUGAGCCAUGGUUUGCCAAUGGUUGGCAAAACUAUACAAAGUUCUGAUGCAAUAAAAGAAGUUGUUAAUCUUGUGGCUUCUGUACAUAAGUCACCCCCUCAACAGGGAUAAAGGGGGAGGCUGGACCAACAUAGUGCCAAGAUAAAAGUGACAGGAAUUUUUACCACGCAAUUGUUCAGUUUUAACAGUGUCGUACUGUUGUAACCCGAUAUAUAAUAGGUUAAUGAGUUUUAAAUCAUUAUUCCUUGCCAAGAUGUGGUGAGAGAAGUCUGUACUCCGUUCUGUCAUUUGUAAAUACAUUGUAUUUUUGUCUGUUAGCAUAUGUAUGUAAAUGUACAAACUUGUCUUUGAAUUAUGUAAAUUUUUAAUGAGAAAUAACAACUUAAUAAUAUGAACUACUUCAGGUAAUUUUAAACGAUCAAUUUGAGGGGAAUCGCUAGUGAUACAUCUUCGCAAUGGAUUUCUAUGUACGAUGUUUCAUGGUAAUUGAUACCCAUCAAAGAAGUUGAUUAAAUAUCAAAAUGUUUGAAAGCA